UUUUGAUUAAGAAGUGGAAAAAGAAAAGGAGAGCAGGAAAGUCUUCCUAUGGACCUUUUUGUCUUGGAGAUGGUCAAUAGCCAAAUUAUGUGAUCCAGGAUCAUUGUCACACACCCACUAUCCUAUAUAAAAAUAAGCCUUCUUUGAGCGAAAAAAGAAAGGGAGUUUUAGGAAAAUGACAAUCUCAAGACUGCUUAAGUCAUUGGCGACAGCCAACAAAUCAGAGGAACUGCUAACAAAAUUUGCAUGGAAAGAGUGAAUGAAGCAAGGUGACGCAUCUGAAUUGCUGGUGUAUGAUUUUGACAGCGUACUCCUUGCGACAGACAACUUCAAUGUGAAAAACGAACUUGGGCAGGGAUGGUUUGCCCCAUUUAUAAGGGAAAGCUGAAUGAUGGGAAGGAGAUAGCUGUGAAGAGACUUUCGAGCAGCUCAGGCCAAGGCAUAGCAGAGUUCAAGAAUGAGAUCCUUCUAAUAUCCAGACUUCAAUACCGAAAUCUGGUGAGACUUGUCGGUUACUGCACAGAAGAAGAAAAUAUAAUAGUGUAUGAGUACUUGCCAAACAAGAGCUUGGAUGCCUUUCUUUCUGAUUCAACAGAGAAGCCAAAACUUAGCUGGGCCAUAUGCUUCCGCAUUAUUUUCGGGGUCACAAGAGGGCUGCUUUACCUCCGACGCAAUUCUUUCCUCAGGGUCAUACAUCAAGUUUUGAAAGAGAGCAACAUUCUCUUGGAUGAAAAGAUGAAUCCCAAGAUUUCAGAUUUUGGGCAAUAUUUGAAGGCACUCAAGAUUUGGUUGAUACUAACAAAGUUGUUGGGACACUGUAAGCUUUCUAUCGUCCCCUUAAGAGUAGUUACUCAUGAGGCAAUUUGUCACCUAAACAGCAGAUUAGCCGUAUAA